CGGUCUAUCCGCUGGAGAAAAAAAUCCAUAUCCCAGAGCGCGGCUCCGCCUUUCACUCCCGGACACACACACACGGGCCCAAUCACUGUGGCUGCAGAUGGUUGCAGCCCUGGAGGUGAGCUAGCGGACAGCCCUGGGUCCCGAGAAAAACACGUCAGACGAUGAUGUUUUGCUGUACCGUCUCUAGAAGAUGCCCUGCUGACGCCUUCUUGCCUCGAUUCCUCUGAUAUCUCCAUGCUUUAAGAUGUACGGUUUCGUGAACCACGCUUUGGAGCUCCUGGUGGUCAAGAAUUUCGGAGAGGAAAAAUGGGAGGAAAUCAAAAGAGAAGCCGGCGUCGACAUUGACGGCCAGUUCCUUGUCCGGCAAAUAUAUGGGGAUGACAAGACAUACGACUUGGUGGGAGCUGCCACCAAGAUUUUACAGAUCGAUGCCAACUCGAUACUGGAGCUGUUCGGAGCGCUGUUCUUUGAGUUCUGUCAGGAGUCGGGUUAUGACAAGAUCCUCGCUGUGCUGGGAGCAAACAUCAGAGAUUUCCUACAGAACCUGGACGCCCUACACGAUCACCUGGGCACCAUCUACCCGGGCAUGCGCGCUCCGUCCUUCCGGUGCACCACCCAGGAGGACGGCACCCUCAUCCUGCACUACUACUCCGAGCGGGAGGGGCUGGAGCACAUCGUCAUCGGCAUCGUCAAAACUGUGGCCAAAAAACUACACAACGCCGAUGUGGACGUUCAAAUCAUUCAAAGGAAAGGCGAGGAGUCCGACCACGUCAAGUUCGCCAUCUUGGAAAAGGAUGACGUCAGGCGGUAUUCUGCACACGACAAGGACACCUUUGACGUCGGGCUCUCGCGAGAGCCGAAGAUCAGCCCCGCGACGUUCUGCCGAGCGUUCCCUUUCCACGUCAUGUUCGACCGUAACCUCGUCAUUCAGCAGGCGGGAACGUCCAUCAGCCGGGUCAUCCCUCAGAUUUGCCUCCAAGAGUGUAAGGUGUGCGACCUGUUCGACAUGAUCCGCCCGCACAUCAAGUUUGCCUUCAACUCCAUCACGAGCCACAUCAACACGGUGUUCGUCCUGCGCACCAAGGAGGGCCUCAUCGACAUCUCCUCCGGCGCCGUGUCACGUGACAAGCUCAUCGGGAACGAGUCAUCGCGCAUGCGCCUGAAGGGGCAGAUGAUCUACGUGGAGGAAUCUGAUUGGAUGCUAUUUCUUUGCUCCCCGAGUGUGAUGAAUCUCGACGACCUGAACCGCCGCGGCCUGUACCUGUCGGACAUCCCGCUGCACGACGCCACGCGAGACUUGGUGCUGCUGUCCGAGCAGUUCGAGGCGGAGUACAAGCUGACGCAGAAGCUGGAGAUUCUGACAGACAAGCUGCAGCAGACCUACCGGGAACUGGAGGACGAGAAGAAGAAGACUGACAGACUGCUGUACUCCAUCCUGCCGAUCUCCGUGGCGACAGAACUGCGUCAUCACCGGCCGGUUCCCGCCAGACGGUUCGAUAACGUCACCCUGCUCUUCAGCGGCAUCGUCGGCUUCAACUGCUUCUGCAAGAGGAACGCCUCGGCCACGGGCGCCAUGAAGAUCGUCAAGCUGCUCAACGACAUCUACACGCGCUUCGACGACCUGACGGACCCCAAGAAGAACCCGAGCGUUUACAAGGUUGAGACAGUAGGAGACAAGUACAUGGCUGUGAGCGGGUUACCGGAGCCGUGCAUGGACCAUGCCCGCUGUAUCGCACGCCUGGCCUUGGACAUGAUGGACAUCAGCCACCAGUGUAAACAGGAGGAGAUGGAGGGCGUGCAAAUCACCAUCGGUAUCCACAGUGGGGAGGUGGUUGCAGGGGUCAUAGGUCAGCGGAUGCCGCGGUAUUGUCUGUUCGGGAACACGGUCAACCUGACCAGUCGGACAGAGACCACGGGGGUCAAGGGUCAUAUCAACGUGUCCGAGUACGCCUACAGAGAUCUGAUGCAGCCAGAGUGCCACGACCCUGCCUUCCGGUUCGACUACCGGGGACCGGUUCAGAUGAAGGGCAAGAAGGAGCCCAUGGAGUGCUGGCUACUCGCCAGGAGAUCUCGCGAGACUGUUGUGUGAACUGACGAGAUUUACCCAGAGUAAUGUGUGAACUGAUCUCGCGAGAAUGUCGAAGUCUCGCGGGACUGUUAUGUGACUUGUUGAGAUUAGGGGUGGGUACCGGUACAGAAAAUUCAGGUUCAGGUCCAGAGGAUUAGGUCCAGGUCCGUGCCUGAACCUGGACCUGAUUCAGUAUGUGAAAACUUGUAAAUGGACGACACUCAAAACAAUAGUCCAUUUCUCCACAAGGAAAUCUGUUUGGCGGGGUAUUCCACUCCCACUGACGUUUUAAAAUCCUACAAGGCUAACUGCCUCUGUACGAUUGACUGUAAAACUUGGGAGAGAUGACUAUAAACUCCUCUACUUGGCUCUUGUCAUUUUCUUCGACCGGUAAGCCCCGAAACGUGUGAAAGUCUGUUCAUACUAUCUGUUCAUUUUCUAUUAGGUCGAACAUCCGGUCUACCGGACUGGUCCAAUAAGGAAAAAACGGUUUUUUACCGAUGUACCGGUACCCACACCUACUUGAGAUCUCACAGGACUAUAGUCUGAACUGAUCACGUGGGACUGUUUUGUGAACCAGUUCAGAGUUAACAUCACAAAUGUUUGUGUUCUACCCAUAGAUGAUAUCCUAUUGUAUGUAAUCAUGCUGUAAAUCAAGUUGACGCUUGAAAUGAAGAGUCAUGUAAAGUACUUGUGUAUUAUACAAUAUUUACGAGUUUAUAUAUCGUAUAUAUCGUAUAUGUAUAUGGACAAAUGUAUGGAUUUUAUUCUACUGAGAGAGAACUAUAUGUGUAGGUACCAUGUAUAUCAAUAUUGUAAAAUCCCUCUACAUGCAAAGAUUGUUGACUUGUUAGAAGCUUGCAAGGUGUCGAUGAGGUACUUAAUAUCUUAAAUAUGUCGACUUCUAACAGCAACAUUAGAAACCCAGCUUUAUCUGCAGCUACACAAACGCAUAGUGUUAUAUAGUUUAGUUUGUUACCACAAAACGUCAAAAUGUUGUGAAUGCCAAAGAAAGAUAUCAAAGAGAAGACUGCUGCAGCAGAUCACUUUUUGCUGAUCCUCAGUACAAUUACUCCUACCCAGCAUUGUAGAGACUUCUGAAGACCAGUGCCAAUGUCAAAAACGUUAGCUUUCUGGAUAGGAACAAGAUUAGUAAAGUUUAUAAACUGUUUUCUUACUAAUUACAAUAUGUACUGUUAACAUGUACAAGGGUAACUUGAACAGAAGGUAUCUUUAAAAUCGUA